CUGUCGGCGCAGUAGCAGCGAACAGCAGCGGCCGCGCGCUCCUGCGAGGGGCAGACGAGGGCGAGGGAGCGCGGGGCGCGGGAGGAGCGAGGCCGAGCGCGCAGACCGAGCGGGAGCCCGAGCCGGCCGGCCGCCCAGCCCAGCCGCAGGCAUGGAGCACCAGCUUCUGUGCUGUGAGGCGGAGACCAUCCGCCGCGCCUACCCCGAUGCCAACCUCCUGACCGACCGGGUGCUGCAGGCCAUGCUCAAGGCGGAGGAGACCUGCGCGCCCUCGGUGUCCUACUUCAAGUGCGUGCAGAAGGAGAUCCUCCCGUCGAUGCGCAAGAUCGUGGCCACUUGGAUGCUGGAGGUCUGCGAGGAACAGAAGUGCGAGGAGGAAGUCUUCCCGCUGGCCGUGAACUAUCUGGACCGCUUCCUGUCUCUGGAGCCGGUGAAAAAGAGCCGCCUGCAGCUGCUGGGGGCCACCUGCAUGUUCGUGGCCUCCAAGAUGAAGGAGACCAUCCCCCUGACGGCCGAGAAGCUGUGCAUUUACACGGACAACUCCAUCCGGCCUGACGAGCUGCUGCAAAUGGAGCUUCUUCUGGUGAACAAGCUCAAGUGGAACCUGGCGGCCAUGACCCCCCACGAUUUCAUCCAGCAUUUCCUGUCCAAGAUGCCGGUCACCCCAGACAACAAGCAGAUCAUCCGCAAACACGCUCAGACCUUCGUGGCGCUCUGUGCCACAGACGUGAAGUUCAUCUCCAACCCCCCCUCCAUGGUGGCCGCCGGCAGCGUGGUGGCCGCAGUGCAAGGCCUGCACCUGGGCAGCCCCCACAGCCUCCUGUCCAGCCAUCGCCUCACGCGCUUCCUCUCCAAGGUGAUCAAGUGUGACCCGGACUGCCUGCGGGCCUGCCAGGAGCAGAUCGAGGCCUUGCUGGAGUCAAGCCUGCGCCAGGCCCAGCAGCAGAGCCUGGACCCCAAGGCGGCCGAGGAGGAGGAAGAGGAGGAAGAGGUGGAUCUGGCCUGCACCCCCACCGACGUGCGGGACGUGAACAUCUGAGGGCACCGAGCGGACGCCACCCGACGCCACCGCCGGCGAGCGGAGC